UUAUUUCUUUUGUUUGAUAAGCUGGCGAAUGCAGUGCUGUGUUGACCCGUAAUUUCUUCAGGAGCAGCUGGAAUCCUGAUUACUAUUUGUGAAAGUUUUGUUCUAAAUUUUCAAUCCUCGCAGUUUUUUUCCACUUUGUCGCACGACCGAGAGCUUUUCCGUAUUUUGUGAAAAUAAUUAGUCUCCUUCUCUUGCCCCGUAUCAGAUGACAGGUUGAUUCUUGUCGAAGAAGAAGAAUGUUCGUUCGUGGUUAGCCAUGUAAUCCUGUCUCCUUUUCAUUCCCUAACGAUUGUUCACGUCACUUUCCCGUCCGAAAGUCUCUAUGGUAUUCCUCGGUUAUCCUAGAAUCUCGAAAUGACUAUUCUCUCCAAGAAGAAAACCCACACCUCAACAGAUGAGAAACCUGAUCAAAAUUCUCACCUAGGCAGCUCCAUAGUUUUGAAGCCCCUUGAUGGACUUUCGCACUCUCAGAUUCUAGAUUCCCGUGCUUGUGAGGAAAGGAACCCUCAUGUGGCCCUUGAAGUAGAUCAUAACUCCUUACGCAGAAGCAAAGCAACCUCUCAUCGUGAUUGUAACGAAGAUGCAUACACCGACAGCUCUUGUGAUUGCUCAGACUGUGAGCGCCGAGCACAUAAACGCAGAAAGCAAAGACGUGUGGAUGAUGAUGACCAUCGUUACACCUCUUCAGAUUGUGAUUGUUCCGACUGUAGCUAUCGACUCACCAAGAGAAGACGGCGUGUUGGGCUGAGCCGCACAAAGAACAAAGUUUCGCUCGAGGGUGCAAAACACACCCAUACACACACUGUGUCAGCAACAGUGGUUAGCAAUUCUGCGGAAGCCGGCCCAUCCCAGAACAGUUAUGAUGGAUAUAAUAGUGAAGACGAAUACGAUCCUCUGAAAGGAGCAGAAAUGGAUUGGGCAGAGAGAGACCUCAUGUUUGAAAAAUUAAUCAUGAGAAAACGUGGACUGGUAGUCAAGAAAAUGGGCGAAGAUGGGGCAUGCAUGUUUCGUGCGGUGGCGGAUCAAAUCUACGGUGAUCAAGAGCUGCACCGCUUAAUCCGCAACCAGUGCAUGGACUUCAUCCAGGCCAACUCAGAGUACUAUUCUCAGUACCUUACAGAAAAUUUCACCAACUACAUAAAUAGAAAGAGAUUAGACUAUACUCACGGCAAUCAUAUUGAGCUGCAAGCAAUAAGUGAGCUUUAUAAUAGAAAAAUUGAAGUUUAUAGUUAUAGCCAUGAACCUGUACAUACGUUUCAUACCAGAGCAGAAGCUAAUCUAGAAUCGAUUCGGCUGUCAUACCAACGAGGUAACCAUUACAAUAGCUUAAUGGACCCUCGUAAACCUCCAAUCAGUGCAUUACCAACCUUCACACCGCCAAUCAUAUCCAACAGAAACCUGGUGUCUGUAGAAAAUCAAACCACCGACUCGCAACUUGAGCAGGCCAUGUUAGAAGAUAAGAUUUUAGCCACUGACUGGGAAGCAACCAAUGAGGCAAUCGAAGAACAAGUUGCUAAGGACAGCUAUCUUCAGUGGGUGCAGGACAAUGAAAAACGAAGAUCUGCCAUGUUAGCGGCCUCGUCAAUAGGGAGCUCAACUGCGACUGCACGAACCUUUGGUUCAUUAACUCCCCCACCAUCAGAGGUUAAAUCACACACCACAGCAUCGUCUAGCUCAAAAGAAUCUGGCUCUAGUCUCAUCCAUGAAAAUUUGUUAGGUUUGUACGACUGGGGCGACUCAGAAAUUCUUGCACAGGUCAUGGCCGCUUCGCAGCAGGAGUACAUGGAUAAUCUCAAGAAACACGCAGCCAGCAGUUGCAUGGACGAAUCUCAAAGUAGCUCCAACCCUGAAGGUCCGUCAACGUCCAGAUAAAAUCUGGCGACAUUACCUGUAGUGAAACCACGCUGAUUUUCUCCGGAGUUCAGCAAGUGAAUAUGUUUUCUUGACUCGUUGCAAUAUUAGGCUCCAAGCUCUUUCACGGGGAGGAUUGAAUGUCACUAAGCAGAACCCACCUAUUUACGAAGGGAAUCAUAAAAAAACAGCAUACAGCCCACAUGUUUCUUCAAAAAUACCUUCGAAGUUACGUCUGGUUUGCUUCAUGUCAUCCAAUGCUCCCCCUUCAUAUGUAUUUUGCCCAUGUCUGUUGCUUAGUUUUAAAGCGCGUUGCCGUGCAGGGUACACUGCCGGAUCAACGUGUAUUUUGUUUCUGAUUUUUGUUAUUUUUUUUGUUCGUGGAGUCGUCUUGGAGCAGGAAAAUUUUGUUUGUGCAGCCAUUGCACAGUUCACUGUUGUCAAUCGAACCUAACUCUGGCUCAAAUAACUGUGAUCUGCAAAGAUCUUUAAGAUUUAUUUAGAACCGUCUUUCCGUGUAGAUAUGUUUUAUCUUAUCAAAAUCUCUUGAAAGAAGAAAAUCCGAAAUGCACUCGUUGUGUAGCAUUUAUUGUAUGUAUAGGCUCUGUCAAUGAAGGAUGGUAAGUCUUUUUCUUAAAAACUGGCUCAAUCAAUCUUUUUGAUACUGGUAGUCAAUACUGGUAGACAAAAGUCUAAAAUGAUCCACACUUGAAAAUUCUCGAUUCGAAAAAUUUGUGUAUUAUAAAGUAUUAAAUUAUAGUAUUUCGUCUCCGAAAAACUCUCUCUCUAGAAACUCUAGAGAAGGCAUAAAUUGAAGCACUACAUAGCAUGUUUAAAAUUUAAAAUUCACAAGGCAGACGAAUCACACAACAGUAAGUCUGGUAAUCAACGCCAAAACAAGAUACAAGUGUUCACGAUUAACAUAGGUUAAAUGACCAAAGUACGAAUAACAUCAUUCGUGCAAUCUAAUUUCAAUUUGAUCUGGGGUCAAAAUACUUGUUAAUAAUUUGUUGAGAUUUUGAUUACCAAAUUUCCUGUAGUGUGAAUCGUUUUCAAUGCAAGAUUUUGAAGAGAAAACAUGCAACAUAUCUUUCAUAGUUCAGACUUAGUCUAGUGGCCCAUUUAAGCAUUUUAAUGCUUUUCAAGUAUGCUCUCAAUUUAUUUUUAUUUUUCAUAGGAAAAUUAAUCAAUCUCUCUGCAUGAAAUUUUUGCAGAAUUUUUAAAAUCGAAUUUUGAACCCGUUUAAAUUGAAAUGUAAUUUUCUGCGUUUAGGUUUUGAUGCAAGUGCACGAAUAAAUUUUAAUUGUAUUUCAGUAAAGUCUUAGUAUAAUUACCUCUUACCAUUUUAAUAUGCAUAUUGUUGUGUCUUCUAAACAAGCGUCUAUUUGUUAGUCGAUCUCUGAUCUGACUUACUUGCCCGUGCUUUAUUGGUUGAGCCAGUUUUCAAAUGAUGCUGGUUAUUGAUGUAAAUUAGUUUCAUUGUAUUUAGCGAACAGGAACUAUGCAUAAUGGGAAAUUUGUGAUUCCUUUUCGCUUAAUAGUCUGUGUCACACUAUCAAAGCUAACCAUCAAAAUAUCAAGGUCAGGUGUUGUGAUUGGCUUAUUCAAUGUCUUGGACCAAUCACAGCACUUGACCUUGACAAUUUGAUGGAGUAUUUUGAUAGUGUGAAACAGGCUAAUGCAGUCCAAUUUAAAAGACAACAACAGCAAGGGUUUAUUCCCUUUGAAAUCAUUUUCCAAUCCGUUUUUGUGAGACAAACUCUGUAUAAUCUUGGCAAAGGAGCGUAUCGUGUACGAUUCAUCAUCUGCUAAUUUAAGCCCUGAUACUGUUCUAAAAUUUUGCUACGGAAUCAAAAUAGGACUCACUCCAUUAACGUUGUUUUUUUUCUUUCUUUCUUUUUUUUUUUUUUUUUUUUUUUUUUUUUUUUUUGGUUGAAGUAAAGUCUGUUGAGGUUUUUUAAGAGGACGCAUUGAAUGGCUAGCCGAGUCUAGAUGUAUAUAACUUUUCUUGUACAUACCAAUCAAAUGUGAUUACUUGGUUGUGUUUAUGAUGCGCAAAGAGUAUUUUCCCCUCGUUCGUACAAAGCUGGAAAAAAUUAGUUACUAACUCUGUUGCCUCAGUUAUCAGCAUCACAAACGGUAGUUGUCUCAAGUCUUUAUUUUCAGAGGUAAGAUUCUUGCCAGUGCUUAAAAGUGUAUUUUUGUUUUUAUGAAUUAAGGGCAACUCGAAAAGAACACACAAUUUUUUGGGGGGAAUUUAUCAAGUUAUCAUCAUUUUACUUUACACUACCCAGGUUUUAGUCUCAAUUUUUGUUAAAGGUUUCAAGCAACACUUGUAUUUUUCUCUUAUAAACAUGGAAAUGUGUCUUGGUUUUGUCAAUGCUUCUUUUAUUUCAUGCAAAGUCUGUGACUCCAUACUUUUAAUUGCCAUUUAAUUCAAGGAAGGGGCGGUUUGCCUUUUUUACCAUGAAUGGUAUUGAGGCAAGUAAUUCUGAACAAAAAUAGAGGGAAAAUCAAGGAACCAGUAUUGCGAUGAUAUCUCGAUGUUUCUUGAUGAAGUUCAUGUAAUUUUUUUAGUCACAAAGUGAAUGACAAUUAUUUUGUUGUUGUUUUUUUUCUAUAUUAUAAAUUUCAACUUUUAUUUUCUCCUAAAUGAAAUACAAUAUGCUCUUGAUUUCACCAAA